CAGAUAAAUAUACUUUAUCAACACUUAAAAAACAGGCUAAAAAUAUUGGUAACAAAAUAUUAUCCAAUUUUAAAGAAAAUAUUAAAGAUAUUUAUCAUAAGUUUGAUCAAGUUUCAUUAGAAACACUAGAAUUUUCUGUCAAUGAAAAUAACUAUUAUAUUGAAUUUGAUGCUAAAAAUGAA